AUGAAUAGGCAACGCACCAACAGCUUCAAUACGAAACAACAAUACCAAUACACCUCACCAGAGUCCUUUACCACACCUGAUUGUAAAGGAUUCAAUAUUGAUUAUUAUCUCGAAACUUCUGGCAAAUCAUCUCGAUCUCCUCACAGAAGAUUGAGACGCGACUCUAGCACCAGAACAUUACGAAGUCUUGCUCGUUACCAACAAAAUCGAGGGAAUCGCAAUCAAUACGACACUGCUCCAUAUACACCCUCAAAGCUUUCUAAGGUAAUGAUUGCUGAGUACGAGCUCGACAUUUCAGACAUUGACACACCCUUUACAAUGAUGCGCCGUGGUUUACUGGAUGCGACCGAUCUCAGUUCGUCCGCUUUGCAAUUCCCCAUCCUUCAGCCAAAACCCAUUGCUAAGAAAUCCGCGAUUGAAGAAAUUUCCCUCACAGACUCUGUUGCUACAGAAUCUCAUACUCAAGAUUCCGCCUUUGUUGUGACAUCCUCAUUCGCCUACAAUUCGGACACCGAUUCUGUUUUUGAAGUUGGCACUGCUCAGAUUGGCACUGCAUACGGCGCCUCGACAAAACUACAACUCUUGACCCCUCCAGAAGACAAAAAUAUGGUUGUCUCUAGGGUUCGUGAGACAAAUGCUAGUAUGAAGCGUCUCCAAUUUAACCAAGCUAAACUGGCCAAUAAACCCGAAACAGACGCAGCUGAAAACCACGUUCUAGAAGUUCCAAGUGGUAAUGAUUGUCUAGCAUCCCCAAGUCACAUUGCUUCCCUGAAGGAUAACGGUAGUCCCUUGCCAAAAAAUCAACGUCGUAGCCGAUCCAGCUUAACAAAUGAUGAAAGCAGUUCCCACAAGGUCGUCGAUAAUGUUAUUUCCCGCUUUUCAACACAUCAGGAAACUCCUUUGUCCACGAAUACUGAUGACAACGACGAGCCUUCAGUCAGAAGUAUGGUCGAUGUUAGCAGCAAUAAUGGUUUAAACGACCUUUCAACCCAUGUAAUUAUUGAUGGCUCUGAUAGAUUAACAGGAACUGUUGCUCAAGAUUCAAAGAUCAAGGAAACCCUGCUCAAGCCACUGCCAGCCCCCACCGAUCAAGAAGACCUCAUCCAAGUCGCUCCCAAUACCGCCCUUCAAGCUAUCGCUCAUAGUGGUCCAAUUGGCCGAUCUGAAAGCCAAACAACUAUUGGUAGAAAGAGAGAAAUGUCGCUGCUUCCCUCCACGCGUUUUGCUAGAAACGCCGAUAGGAUUGUUCUGGGCACGUCGCCACCUUAUUCUAAGGUCAGGACUCGUCUCUACAUUGACGAGUUCCCUGAAGAUAUUGAGCAAUCAAACAAUGUCCUCGAAAAGAUUGCUAGAAAGACAACACCGGUAGCAAAGCCAAAGGGAUUCAGCGCUGCUACCUCGAAGUUUAGUAAACGCAAGUCGUCUCUACCAGAUUCUACAGAAAACAAAACCCUUAAGCCGACCGAACUCACUCUAGAGAAGAAAGUAACGUUGGCAGAACGUCUGUCGAAGCCAACUGCCUCUUCCGCAGCUCGCGCCAAGGCCAAUGCGAAGUCCCGCAAGCCAGCGCCUGCUUUAAAGUCGAGUGCGAUGUCUUCUGUCAAGAAUGCUGGAAGAGGUCUCAAGAGCCGCCUUUCUGGAAUGAUGCAAAACCGUCGUACUUCAGAAGUCGUUGCUAUGGACCCACCUUUUUCUGCUUCAGUUAGUGUCCCCGAACAUGCAAUUGCUCAGCACGAUAUUCCUACUGUUAUAGUGGAAAAGGCACCUGAAAUUGCUCCUUUCGUCAAUGAUCGCGACGUCGGUGAGGAGUUCGCGUCGUUUUACAGUGAAAUAACCUAUCUUACCGAGCAAGUCAAUCAAGUUGGUUCAGUUGAGCAUCCAACCAACAAUUCAGCUGGCCGAAGCAAACUUGUUAGCUCUCAGGUUGUUGAGACUUCUGUGGAAGCUGCCGACUCAACCGCACAGAUGGCCGAUUAUCCAACAUCAGUUGUACAGCAUUCUGUGAUGUCCACUGCUCAACUUGAUGCCAUUUUCAGAGAGCAAGAUGCACCACCCUCAGACUCUAUUAUUGAGCACCGAAUUCAAACUUUGUCACAGAGUGCACCUACGCGUUCUCCUCCAUCAGUUCCAAAUUCAUAUGUACAAAUUCAAGGAAAUGGUCAAAACAACAUCCAAGUCACUGCUGGAGAUGGCGCAUCAGAUCCACCACGUAGAGAGAACGGCAAUGAUGGCCAUGAGCAUGAGCAACCCCUCCCGUCAUCCGUCGAGGACUCGCUUACUGAAAUCAAGAAUACGCUUGAUUCCCUUCGAUAUGCUCUUACUGUUGAACGCGAUCCAGCUCAACAGAUUGUUCUCGCUGGCUGCGCUGUAUUCCUUACACACAAAGUUCAAGCUAUCAACGAUAACCGUAAACUCCUUUUGCUCUUACAGCAAGCGCAGGAUGUUAUGGUGCUUGACACUUCAGUCGAAGCUUUAGCAGCUAAGAGAACUUUGCGUCAGUUGGGCCAUCGAGUCGACGCCGUGAUUAUUAAUCACAACUAA